UAACAUUGCCAAUAGCCAGAAGAAAUUACAAUGGAAAUCCUUUAUGCCUCUCUCCUUGGUUUCUUUCUUUUUCUUGUCAUCUACUUCUUGUACAACCACAAGUCGGGUGGAAAUGCAAACCUUCCACCUGGAAAAACAGGAUUUCCAGUGAUUGGAGAAACCCUUGAAUUCCUCUCCACCGGUUGGAAAGGUCACCCCGAGAAAUUUAUAUUUGACCGCAUAGCCAAGUACUCCUCCAACGUUUUCAAAACAAGUCUUAUUGGCUCACCCGUAGUUGUUUUCUGUGGAGUAAACGGAAACCGAUUCUUAUUCUCCAACGAGAACAAGCUUGUCCGGGUAUGGUAUCCUCGUUCUCUCGACAAAGUCUUCCUAACCACUACACAAACCUCUACCGAUGAAGAAGGCUUCAAGGUCAGAAAAUUCCUCCCAAAUUUGCUCAAACCAGUGGUGUUGCAAGGCUACAUUGGUUUAAUGGAUACCAACGCCCACUCCUACUUUGUUAACUAUUGGGAAAAAAAGGACAUACUUGUUGUUUUACCACUUGCCAAGCACUACACUUUUUCACUUGCUUGUCGCGUGUUGAUGAGCAUCGAUGAUCCAAACCUUGUUGCCCUACUCGAAAAACCUUUUGCCAUUUUGUUUAAGGGGGUAGUGUCUAUCCCCAUAGACUUACCCGGAACCCCAUUGAAUCGUUCAAUCAAGGCUUCUAGUUUUGUUAAGAAGGAACUUUUGGUGAUUAUCAAGAAGAGGAAGAUAGAUUUGGCUGAGGGAAGGGCAUCGCCGACUCAGGAUAUCUUGUCGCACAUAAUUUCAACAAGCGAUGACAAUGGCAACUUCAUACAUGAGGAGGAUAUUGCCGGCAAGAUGCUCGGACUAUUAGUUGCUAGCCAUGACAACAUCACCUCUGUUUGUACUUGCAUUGUCAAGUACCUUGCUGAGCUACCUGAGGUCUACCAAGGAGUUUAUCAAGAGCAACUGGAGAUUGUGAAAUCAAAAGCUCCUGGCGAAUUGUUGAAAUGGGAGGACAUUCAAAAGAUGAAAUAUUCAUGGAACGUAGCUUGUGAAGUGAUGAGACUUGCACCCCCUAACCAAGGUGCUUUCAGAGAAGCAUUAAAGGAUUUUACGUAUAACGGUUUCUCCAUUCCAAAGGGGUGGAAGAUGUAUUUUAAUGCAUACUCGACCCAUAUAAAUCACGAUUUGUUUCCCGAGCCACAAAAGUUUGAUCCAUCGCGAUUCGAGGGUCUCGGACCAGCACCUUACACGUAUGUACCUUUUGGUGGAGGACCUAGAAUGUGCCCUGGAAAGGAUUUCGCCCGGUUGGAAAUACUCGUGUUCAUGCACCACCUAGUCAAGAGGUUCAGGUGGGAAAAAUUGAUUCACGAUGAAAAGAUUGUUUAUAAUCCUUUUGCUAGUCCUGAGAAAGGGCUUCCAAUUCGUCUCUUUCCCCACAAAGCCUAGUUCUUUUACGAUUGUAAUCUUGGUUUAUAAGUAUUUGGUGUAUGUUUGAAAGUAGGAAUAAUUGGGAUCA